GAGGGCCGCAGGCCCUGCGGCCAUCCCCUCCCCCCCCCCGCAAUGAAGCCCGCGGCGCCGCCGGCGCCGCCGCGCUGCCUGCUGGCGCUGGCGCUGGCGGCGGCCCACGCCCGCGGGGAGCGCCUGCGAGCGCACCGCGGCGAGGGGCGGCUGCUGUGCCGCCUGGAGCCGCCCGCCGCAGGAGGCGGGGACCCGCAUCCUGGAGGUGUGGGAGCAGCCGGGCAACGUGCGGCUGGCGGAGUUCCAGGACACGGGUUCCUUCGAGAGCCGCGUGCACUGCAGGGGCAACGCUCCCACCUGCCCGGCGGCGGACCCCUCCGCGGCCACCGACGUGGCCGCCUGCGCCGCCUGCCCCUGCGAGCUGGACGACUCCCGCGACACGUCGGAGAGUCGGAGCGCGCGAUCGUGGGCGCGGUGGCGCCGCGCUCCGCCGCGCCGGCCGACGUGCUGCUGCUGGGCCUCGGCGGCGGCGUGGUGCACACGAUCCGCGAUGCUGCGGCGCUCGUGCCCGGCCGGCCUGCGGCUGCGGUCCGCGGAGAUCGACCCGCGCUUCGCGCCCUGGCGCCAUCGCCUCCCAGUUCUUCGGGCUGCCGCUCGAGCCGGGCGCCUCCGAGGUGGUCGUCGGCGACGCGCUGGCCGUGGUGCGGCGCGAGCUGCGGGCGCUGGGCGCGCGGGCCUCGGCGCCCGCGCUGGUCGCGGAGGGCCCCGGCCCCGCGGCGCUCGGCGCGGCGGGCUGGGACGCGGUCGUGGUGGACUGCUUUGUGGGCAAGGGCCGCUCGGCGGAGCUGGUGGACGACAUCAAGGGGCUGCUGAAGCCGGGGGGCAUGGUCGUCCACCACAUGUGGCACGCCUCGCCCGAGGAUCGACGCGUGGCGCCGGAGUUCCAGGCCACCCUGCAGGAGUACCGCCGCUCCUUCGGCCCAGACAGGGUAGAGGUGCAGCCCAUCUUCCGCGAGAAUCCGGAUCUGCGCUUGGACGACAUCAUUUUGGUUCACGCUUGACGGUGAGGUGGUGUGCCGUUCCCUCCUCGCUCUUCUCUGCCUCUUUCUUCAUCUGGCGCACUUACUUCUGAUACUAUUUGUCCGGUUCUGUGUCUUUUUCUUUUCCGUGCGUUCUUCUGAUCUGUUGUUCUGCCCCCAAUUUCCAGUGUCUUUUGGGCCAACGGCGGCUGGGGCGAUACAAACGUGUUCGGGGCGAGCGGACGCGCAUCGCCAUAGCCAGGAUAGAAGGGCAAGCUGACUACCAGGUCGGCACCUCGGCAUUUGCGAUACACACGCAAUGACAUGAAGAGAAAGGGAUAUCUAGGACGUGCAUGCAUGUCGCCAUUUGUGCCGCCAUUCGUGUCGCCGUUAGCACAGCCAGCCAUUCGUGUCGCCGCCGGCGCUGUUAUCAGCGUCGGCGCCAGCGCCCCGACAGUGGACGGGCAGCAAACUGCGAUAAGGUUCGACGCGAACGCCGGGGCAUCGACACAAACGCAAACAACACAUCAAGUCUUUUGGCCUGGGCGACGAAUUGAGUGUUCUGCGACUAGUGACCAUGGUUGAGGCUGGGCGGUGGC